AUGGAUAUGGCAGAUGAGCCUUGGCGUACAUGGCCGGAACUCUCACUCAAGAUUCGUGGCCUCCCUGAAGCCGUCGAUUUAGCUGAGCUAUACGACUCCUUCAAGCAAUAUGGCGAUAUUUCUUCGCUAGAGAUCGGAGAGAACCAAGAUGGCCAACGCGAUGGAUACGCCCGGCUUCGCUUUGAGCCUCCCCCCAGAGUCAAUUUCUGGUCAUCAGGAUCCCACACCGUCCAAUACCAGGGAGGCAAGAGCGCUUGUGUCACUCUCAGGACGUUCCGACCAGCCCAUGAAAGUUACUGCAAGUUGAUCAAGAGUCCCUCGAACCCCAACAUCUGGUUCGAUUCCCAGAUGAUACUUGAAGCGGAACGCAUGGGCUUUGGCACACGGCUCCAGGAGAAGGAGAUGAUGGUUUUCAAAUCCGUUCAGAAAGGCGUGCGCAUCGAUAUGAGUUUGACCAAGAAGAAGCUUACCAUUCACUUCGACACUUGUCCUUUGGACCCAUUGGAAGACCAGAACGGUACCGAGGACAAGGAGGUAUUUCACCACAAGUGCGGAAUCGAGUUCGCCCGCCUGACCAACAUCUAUCGAGUCGAUCGAGAUGAAGACACGCUUCUGGUCAUACCGCUGGGUCUUCCACCUAUGUUCUGGACCAAGGCAAGCAGGAGGAUGCGAAGCAAGAUGGCCGUGAGCAAGACUUCAUGGGGCAUUACGGACAUGUGGGAAAGGCGCACAGUCAUACUGCACAAUGAUCAACUGCCGAAAGACUUCCCAAUCACGCUCCAGUCAGAAUUCGCAGAUCCUGACUUCAUCAAUACCGGUCGCUGGACCACUUACAGAUUCUCGAUUCCCAAGACCGGAAAAGAUAUUCUGGAAAAAUUAUUGCAGGCCUUAGAGGCUCACAACAUCACGACAACUACUGCAGAACUCUUUGUGGCCACCUCUCCACGACCUCCUCUGCUCGGUACUUUUUUCAGGGCUCAGCACCCCGAGAGUCAGUUGCGAUCUUUUGAUUCUGACUCCUAUGACCACCAACUGCCCUUCGAGGUCCACUACCAGCUUGAGGUCUGUAUUUCUCGGGGCAUUAUAUCCGAGUAUUCCAUCACUCAGGCAUUCAUCGACCGACUGUGUCAGAUGGACAAGGACCGAGCGAAGUGGAUGCUCGAGUACUUUGCGGAUCAAGGGAAGAUGGAAUGGAACCCGAUGGAGAUGUUCGAGAAUGAAGAGGCUGCUCUUUAUUUUCCUGGUGUGAGCAUGCCAUACUACUGCACUACGAUCCGGAAGGUGAUUGUCACACCAUCGACCAUGCACUUUUGCUCGCCAAGCGUUGAAUCCUCCAACAGGGUACUGCGAAAGUACAAUUCUUACCAAGACCGCUUCUUGAGAGUUCAAUUCACGGACGAGCUGUACAGAGGCAGGAUCUAUAGCGAUGCAGGUAACGAAAUCCAUCAUCGCAUCUACCGUGCCCUGAAACAAGGCAUCAAGAUUGGAAACCGCACUUACGAAUUUCUCGCAUUUGGAAACUCGCAAAUCCGGGAGUGCGCUGUCUACUUCUUCUGUCCGACCGAUCAUCUUUCAUGCGAUCAGAUCCGUGACUGGAUGGGACAUUUCAACCACAUCAAGAAUGUCGCCAAAUACGCUGCUCGCAUCGGUCAGUGCUUCUCUACAACACGAGAGAUCCGAGGUGUCACUGUUCCUCAAAUCGUACAAAUGCAAGACAUCGAGCGCGGCGGCUAUUGCUUCAGCGAUGGUGUCGGCAAAAUUUCGAAGCUAUUGGCCGAAAUGGUAGUCCACGAGAUGGGCCAAGAUACCGUUGGAAUACCCUCUGCUUUUCAGUUUCGCAUGGGUGGCUGCAAAGGCAUGCUGGCUGUCUGGCCUGACGCAAAGGGCCUUAAUGUCCACAUCCGACCUUCCCAAGAAAAGUUCAGGGCCCAGUUCAAUGGCCUAGAAAUCAUCAAGUUCGCGCAAUUCUCACCAGCCACGCUGAAUCGACAAACCAUAACCAUUCUUACGACGCUUGGUGUCAAGGAUGGUCCGAUCUUGUAUCUUGCUGAGCAACAAAUCCAGGGCUACGAGAAGGCUAUGAAAGACCGAGUCGCCGCUGCGAGCUUACUGGGGCAAUACAUUGACGAGAACAUGACAUCCCUAACCAUCAAAGACCUCGUCUGCUGGGGCUUCAUGGAUGCAGAGGUUCAAGAGCCGUUCGUGCUGACAAUUCUGGACCUCUGGUGUAUCUGGUCCAUGAAGCUGUUGAAGGAAAAGGCGCGCGUUGUCGUCGACCAAAGCGCUUUCCUUCUCGGUUGCCUGGAUGAAACAGGCACGUUGAGAGGCCACAGCCAGGCAACCGAGGGGAAUAAUACCAACAACAUCGAGGACUUGCCGCAGAUCUUUGUUCGAAUCGCAAAUCCACAGGAUGGCAAAUUUUACUGCGUCACCGGCGUAUGCAUUGUGGGACGAAACCCUUCACUUCAUCCGGGUGAUAUUCGGGUUGUGGAAGCGGUCGAUGUCCCUGACCUCCACCACCUGCAGAACGUCGUGGUGUUUCCGAGCACCGGUGACCGAGACGUCCCCAGCAUGUGUUCGGGAGGUGACCUUGACGGAGAUGACUUUUUCGUCAUCUGGAACCCAGACCUCAUUCCCAAGAACUGGCACCACCCACCUAUGAACUACAUCGCACCCAAAGCACCGAAACUGAAGCGGGAUGUCAAAGUAUCAGACCUGAGAACAUUCUUCGUUCGUUACAUUCAAAACGACUGCCUGGCAAAGGUUGCAAUUGCGCAUCUGGCUCAUGCCGAUUACUCCAGAAAAGGGGCAAACGAUCCAAAAUGCUUGAGGCUGGCAGCGCUGCACUCCAAGGCGGUAGACUACGUCAAAACUGCAGAUCCAGCGGAGUAUCCUGACGAACUCGAACCUAAACAGUGGCCGCACUUUAUGAAUCGCAAGUAUAAAUCAUAUAAAUCUACGACUGCGCUUGGCAAGAUCUUCGACAGAAUCGUCGAGCAGGAUCUCAACCCUCUCUACGAGAAAAAGUUCGACGGAAGGGUGCUGAAAAGGUUUGAAUUGCCCGAGGAACUUCUACAAAAGGCUCGCAAGGUCAAAGGUCAAUACGAUACUGCUCUGCGUCGUCUCAUGAGUCACCGUGACGUUCACACCGAGUUCGAAGCAUGGACAGGUUUCAUUCUGUCGAGACCCCGGGUUGGCAGCGACUACAAGCAACAAGAGGACAUUGGGCGAGAAUCAGCGGCACUCAAGCAAAGAUUCCGAGAAAUUUGCUAUACAGAGGCUGGCAGCCGACGGUUCGAAGACUUCGCCCCUUUCGUGGCUGCAAUGUAUCAAGUGACUGAGCAGGAGGUCAAUGCAGCGCUUGCAGAGGAAUACGAAGACGAGGAUCACAAGCGACAAUCGAUGCCCCUGAUCAGCUUCCCGUGGAUCUUCCACUGGAUUAUGGGUCGCAUCGCCACAGGCCACGUCAAGAUCAAGCCUACCGUCGACCCCGAAGCCAAAGCGAUACCGAUGAGGUCGUAUCCUAUUCGUCGGGUCGAGCAAGAUAACACAGGCACCCAACAGGAGACUCAGCUUGACGACGGCAGAGUGGUCCACCACGGUGAUCUGUUGGAGGUAUUUGAGAACACCACGAAGGAGGCUUCCGGAGUCUCACCGUCACCCGAGGACCGCGAUGCUACUACUGGUCAGGAGGACGAGAUACACGUUGAAGAGGAAGACACUGCCAUGGACGCCAUGGAACGACUGAUGGAGAGUGCCUUGAUCUCAGGGUAA